CCUAUAAAUCCCUAACCCCGAUCUCACUCACCGCAUCAUCCCUCAUUCAAUCAUCUGAAUCUCAUAUAAUUCUUCUAUUCCAAUUCAUUAAUUAGCUGUUAAUCUCCGAUCAAUGGCGCGUACUAAGCAGACGGCGAGAAAAUCCACCGGCGGCAAGGCGCCGAGGAAGCAGCUGGCGACGAAGGCGGCGAGGAAAUCCGCCCCCGCCACCGGAGGAGUCAAAAAGCCCCACCGCUUCCGUCCCGGAACGGUGGCACUGAGGGAGAUCAGAAAGUACCAGAAGAGCACAGAGCUGUUGAUCAGGAAGCUUCCGUUCCAGAGGCUUGUCAGAGAGAUCGCCCAGGAUUUCAAAACGGAUCUCCGCUUCCAGAGCUCCGCCGUCGCCGCUCUUCAGGAGGCGGCGGAGGCUUACUUGGUGGGUCUCUUUGAGGACACCAAUCUCUGCGCCAUUCAUGCCAAGAGGGUUACAAUCAUGCCCAAGGAUAUCCAGCUGGCAAGGAGGAUUAGGGGUGAGAGGGCUUAGGGUUUGAUUUUAGGGUUUCGGAUUUACUUUUCAAUGUUGACGUUGAUUCUGUUUUUUUAUGAUUAGUAUAGAAAUUAAUUAGCUAAUUGGUUGUGGUCGAUCUUUGCUGCUAAGAAUGUUUUGUGUUGAAAUCAAAGUUUUUUUCAAUUGGAAAUACGCAGAUACUCAG